AUGACACCGUCUUCUACGCCUCGUAAUAAGUCAUUUUCAGAGAAGCCUGAAAUGGCAUCCGCAGCUGCUAUUCCUUCCCCGCCGAGCCUCUACCGGUUUGGGCUAAACCGACACCAGCCUGCACAAAACGCAUUCACCAGGUUUCGAACUUCUGACCGGAGCUUCACUAUAGGCUGCCCAGCUGGAUCGUCGGCCAGAGCAGCAGAGGUUCCCGAGGCGGAGAGCGCGAACGUGCGAUUCGAUCCGAGCUUCGAUGGCAAACCAGCAGUGGCGGUCGGGACGGAGGAUCGACUGCGUACAGAUGGAAGUGAGGAGGGAGAGAGUGAGGGACGAAAAUCAGAGAAGAGCGAGAGUAGAGUGACAAGAGCAAGGGAAGUGGGGGGGAAGGAUGCGGGAGGCGGGUGGAAGCGUGGAGAGAGAGAAGGGUGCAAGGAUUCAGAGCAGGAGGAGGAGGCAGUUGCAGUAAUCGCUGGAGUGUUGAGAGAGAAAUUCGGGGAUCAGAUCGUGAGAGAGGAGGGGGAGGAGGAGGGGUGUACAAACGGAAUGAUUACGGACGAGGAGGAUGCUAAGGGACGACACGAAGCGGAAGAGUUGGGGGAUGGGGAUGAGGAAAGAGAGGGCGCAGAAGCUGAGGGCGAAGAGGGUGAGGAUUGGAACGAGGGGGAAGACGCAGAAGCAGAAGCAGAAGCAGAAGCAGAAGCAGAAGCAGAAGCAGAAGCGAGUGAGGAGGACGCACCACCCAACACAUCUCCUCCCACCCGCCCAUCUCCUCCACACUAUGGCCCUCGUCGGGUCGUAUCUCCCUCCUCCCUCCUCUCCCUCUACCGCUUCUUCUCCUCCCACCUCGGCAUCUCCUCCCCUUCCACUGUCGCUUCCCUCCUCGCCUCUCACCCUGCCCUCCUGCGUUCUGAUCCAGCCAAUGAUCUUCUGCCACGUGUCCACCUCCUCCAGUCAUAUGGCUUAUCCCGUGCCGACAUUUUGGAGCGGCGAAUCAGACCGCGACAUCUGGCACUGCUGAGCAAGGGGUAUGUGUUGGUACCACAUGAGGUAGCUCUACCAAAGAAUAGGGGAGAAAAAGGGGGGCACUUGGAGGGAGUUGGUAGCGGGAGGAGGGCAGAAGGAAAGGACGAGGAUAUGGCUUUUGAGUCGACUCAAAAGUCAACAGAAGGAAAGGACGAGGAUAUGGAAGUAGAAUAUGGGGAGGAUGAGGGUGGGAUGGAUGAGAUGAGGGUGGGGAAGGUUGAGUAUCACAGUGUACUGGAUUCUGUGCAAGACAGCUAUGCUGUGGUGGGGAGAGAAGGUACUGCUGGCCAGCGAGGCGUGAAUCGGCCGCAGGGAAGGGAGGCGGUUUGUUUGAUUCAGUUGCUUAAAGGCUCGGACAAGGAGUUUGAAAAGAGAUUCAAGGUAGAGCUUGCACCGUUCAUGCCGGAAACUCGUUCAUAG